AUGUCCAAACCCGCAUCCGAGCAAACCAUCCUCGUGACUGGAGCCUCUGGCUUCAUGGCCACCCACAUCAUCUCCUCUUUUCUUUCUGCAGGCUACAACGUACGCGGCACAGUACGCUCUGAGAAGUCCGCCGAAGGAGUCAAGAAAUCACACCCUGAGCACGUCUCUCAACUCUCUUUCGCUAUUGUCCCUGACAUAGCAGCUCCCCACGCCUUCGACGAAGCUGUAAAGGGCGUAGACGGCGUAAUCCACAACGCAUCUCCUUUCGCUUUCGAUGUCAAAGACAACGAGAAAGAGCUUUUGAAGCCUGCGAUCCAAGGAACUAAGGGCUGUCUGGAAGCAGUUAAAAAGUUUGCACCAAAGGUGAAGAGAGUGGUUGUUACAAGUUCUUUUGCAGCUAUCGUGGAUAUGAGCAAAGGAACAAGACCCGGAUACACCUACUCCGAAAAAGAUUGGAAUCCUUGCAGUUACGAGGAUGCGAAGAAGGGAGAUGGGUCGGUUGCUUAUUGUGCUAGUAAGGCGUUUGCCGAGAGAGAAGCUUGGGAGUUUGGAAAGGAUCCAGAGGUCAAGUUUGAUGUGGUCACUAUCUGUCCACCAAUGGUCUACGGACCUCCCCACCAUGCCGUCCCAGACAUGUCAAAGCUCAACACCAGUUCCGCAGACAUCUACCGCUUCAUCAAUGGCAGCACCAAAGAAAUCGGCGACACUGCUUUUCCUCUCUAUGUCGAUGUUCGCGAUGUAGCAACUGCACACCUCAAAGCGUACGAGCUUCCUGAGGCUUCCAACCAACGCUUUGCAGUUUCGUCUGGCAACUUUACCUACCAGCGUGUUUGCGAUAUCAUCAGAGCAAAAUUCCCUGAGCUGAAGAGUAAGGUGCCGGAGGGAAACCCUGGCGAGGCUUUCCCAGACUUCUUUAGUCUGAGCAAUGAAAAAGCGAAGAAGGUCUUGGGAAUCGAGUUCAUUGGGCUUGAGCAGAUGCUGGUUGAUACAGUGAAGAGCUUGCUGGAGCUGGAGAAGGCUGCUAGUGAGAACGGUAGCAAGUAG